AUCCAGGAUUCACUAUGUCGUUUUUUAAUUUCCGUAAAAUAUUUAAAUUGGGAGCGGAGAAGAAGAAGAAACAAUAUGAGAAUGUCCGCAGAGACGAGAAUCCGGAGGAAAUAUGGGAUAUAAUCGGUGAAUUGGGAGAUGGAGCCUUUGGGAAAGUGUUUAAGGCUCAGAACAAGCUGACGGGCGUCCUAGCUGCAGCCAAAGUUAUUGACACAAAGACUGAGGAGGAGUUGGAGGACUACAUGGUGGAGAUCGACAUCCUGGCCUCCUGCGACCACCAAAACAUUGUCAAACUGCUUGAUGCUUUCUACUAUGACAGCAAACUGUGGAUUCUCAUUGAGUUCUGUGCAGGGGGGGCUGUGGACGCUGUCAUGCUUGAGCUGGAGAGACCCUUGACAGAGCCUCAGAUCAAGGUGGUGUGUAGGCAAACUCUGCAGGCUCUCGUGUACCUCCAUGAAAACAAAAUUAUCCACAGAGACUUGAAGGCCGGCAACAUCCUCCUCACACUGGACGGUGACGUAAAGCUGGCUGACUUUGGCGUGUCUGCCAAAAACACCAAGACGCUGCAGAGGAGAGACUCGUUUAUCGGAACGCCUUACUGGAUGGCUCCAGAGGUGGUGAUGUGCGAGACAUCCAAGGACCGUCCAUACGACUACAAGGCCGAUAUCUGGUCCCUUGGGGUCACCUUGAUUGAGCUGGCGCAGGUUGAGCCUCCCAAUCACGAGAUGAACCCCAUGAGAGUCCUGCUGAAAAUAGCCAAGGCCGAUCCUCCUACCCUGAUGCAGCCGUCUCGUUGGUCCCCGGAUUUUAGUGAUUUCCUAAAGCGAUGCCUGGACAAAAAUGUGGACAACAGAUGGAGCGCACCACAACUUCUACAGCAUCCGUUUGUGUCCAGCGUGACAGGCAGCAAGCCACUGAGGGAGCUGAUAGCCGAGGCCAAGGCUGAGGUCACCGAGGAGAUUGAAGAGCACAAAGAAGAAGAAGAGGAGGACGACACCGAAGCGCACCUGGGACACAAACGUGCCCCGUCUGAUGUCAGUGUUGCCAGCUCAGAGGACGAGAAGGUCCCCCUCUCUCCGUCCACCUUGGAAUCAGUCCCUGAGAAGAUCGAGCCAAUUUUGCCAGUCCCCACACCCACUGAGCCCCCCGUGGCAAACCACUUGUUGGAUACCAGCGUUGUAGAGGAGCCUGUCGCUCCUGCUGCAGAGCAGCUCCCAGAGGAGGCUUCAAACACUCCACUUAAUGGUGAUGAAAAGGUAGAAGAGACACCAGCAGAGGAGAAUGUUCCAGAGGCAGAGGCAGAUGUCGUCUCUCCCGAACCAGAGGCUGAACCAGAGGCUGAACCAGAGGCUGAACCAGAGGCUGAACCAGAGGCUGAACCAGAGGCUCAACCAGCGGCUCAACCAGAGGCACCUGCAAAGGAAAUGCAGCAGCUGGAAAUAGCCACUGAGGAUGAAAAGGAAGUGGACACAGCUGAAGAUGCAGACCGGUCAGAGGUCACUGAGGCUUCCCAAGACGAAAAGAUCACUGAGCAGGAGGAAUCAAACACUCCAGCAGAGGAGGAGGAGGAGGAGGAGGAAGAUCGGUACAAACACCUAAAACUGACUUUGACACUACCAGAGCAAGACAAUGUUGUCGUAAAAGAGCAAAAUGGAGAGAAACCUACAGAAAACGAUAAAACUGAGGAUGAGAAGACGGUGCCAGACAAACCUAAGGACAAUAAAGAAAAAGACCUGGAUUCAGGAAGUGGCUCAACUGCAGAUAACAGCAGCGUGGACCUCAAUCUGUCCAUCUCAAGCUUUUUGUCCAAAACAAAAGAGCGUGGAUCUGUUUCCAUACAGGACACCAGGCGUCAGAAGAAGACUCUGAAAAAGACUCGCAAAUUCAUUGUGGACGGAGUAGAAGUUAGCGUUACUACGUCAAAGAUCAUCACUGACAAUGACACCAAGAACGAGGAGAUGAGAUUCCUGAGGCGGCAGGAGCUGAGGGAGCUGCGUCUCCUGCAGAAGGAGGAGCAGAGGGCCCAGCAGCAGCUCAGCAACAAGCUGCAGCAGCAAAAAGAACAGAUCUACCGCCGCUUCGAACAGGAAACCACCAGUAAGAAGCGUCAGUACGACCAGGAGGUGGAGAACCUGGAGCGGCAGCAGAAGCAGACCAUCGAGAGGCUGGAGCAGGAGCACACCAACCGGCUCAGGGACGAGGCCAAACGCAUCAAAGCCGAGCAGGACAAGGAACUCUCCAAGUACCAGAACAUGCUGAAGAACCGCAAGAAAGAGGAACAAGAGUUCCUUCAGAAGCAGCAGCAGGACCUGGACAGCGCUCUGAAGAAGAUCAUCCAGCAGCACAAACUGGAGCUCGCCACCAUUGAGAGAGACUGUCUCAACCACAAGCAGCAGCUUCUCAGAGCACGUGAGGCUGCCAUGUGGGAGCUGGAAGAGCGCCAUCUGCAGGAGAAGCACCAGCUGUUCAAGCAGCAGCUCAAAGACCAGUACUUCAUGCAGAGACAUCAGCUGCUGAAGCGACAUGAGAAGGAAAUGGAGCAGAUGCAACGCUAUAACCAGCGUCUCAUCGAAGAGAUGAAGAACAAGCAGACGCAGGAGAGAAGCAGACUGCCCAAGAUCCAGCGCAGCGAGGCUAAGACCCGCAUGGCCAUGUUCAAGAAGAGCCUCCGCAUCACCGGUGCCAUCAUCUCCCCGGACCAGGAGAGAGAGAAAGUCAAACAGUUUGCAGCUCAGGAAGAGAAGAGGCAGAAGAACGAGCGUCUCCAUCAGCACCAGAAACAUGAAAACCAGAUGAGAGACCUGCAGCUUCAGUGUGACAACAACAUCCGGGAGCUCCAGCAGCUGCAGAACGAGAAGUGCCACCUGCUCAUCGAACAUGAGACCCAGAAGCUGAAGGAACUGGAUGAAGAGCACAGCCUGGAGCUGAAGGAGUGGAGGGAGAAGCUACGACCCAGGAAGAAGGCCCUGGAGGAGGAGUUUGCCAGGAAGCUGCAGGAACAGGAAGUGUUCUUCAAGAUGAGCGGUGAGUCGGAGUGCCUUAACCCCUCCUCCCAGAGCCGCAUCUCCAAGUUCUACCCAAUCCCCAGCGUCCACUCCACCGGUUUCUAGGAGAAGCCGUGGUUCACAUGAAGACAUUCGGGCCGGUGCCGCCUUUGCCUUCAUCCCCUGACCGACGUCGGAGGAGUCUGCAAGAUUCAAGUUCAUGUUGUCGUGUUUUCAGGUUCAGUGUGUCAUUUAUCACCUCAAAACCAUGGAAGUCCAAACUCCUCUUUGUGAUCGAAAUGUUUUUUAUAAAUAUAAUGCAGUGCCUGUAGAAUCUGGUAUCUUCCAAGCAGUUUUUAACUUAUUUGCUGCUCGAUAUUUCUCUCAUUUAGACUGUUGCACUAAAGGAAAAGAAGAAGCAUUUUUAUACCAGGUAGUUGUGUUAAAAAUGAAACGGUAAUAAGCAUUUUUAAGUGAUUAUAAAAUAGAAUGUAUUUCUUAUAAAAGAAGACAUUUUAUUGUGACUCCUGUUAAAGGAUUUACCAUACAGUAUAAUUUUAUCAUAUCAUACAUACUUGUUUGUGUUAGGCUUUUAGGUUGUGAUACAGUCAAAUAAUCUCUUGCAUGAUUUUAAUGCGAGGUUUAGGGAUUUCUUCCUGCAGGGCUUUUCUUCAGAAUGUCUGUAAGUUGGGACUGAGCGGGGGAAACCAUGACAGGAUUUUAAGAAUAGAAAGCAUUUUGUGUUGUAUUUUUAGCCAACACCAACGUCCUGUUUCUUGUCUGAACAACAUUUAGGGCUGAAGAAAAAAAUUCAAACUUUUCCACUGCUGUCUGUUACUUCUGGAAGGCCUGAAUGUUGUGGAAUUUACAAACUUCUUUCAGACCCAGAUAAAGAUGUGCGCUCUGUAAUUUGACCACCAGAAACAUAAUGGGAAGUCCUGACAGGCUUUUUUUAUUCCAACAAUACUAGUUUACAUUGACCUGCUAGCUAAUAGCCUUAACACUUUAAAACUAGACUUACUGUAAACCUGUUACUGCUGCCUUUAAAGAUGUGUUCUGAAGCUCUAUGCUGUGUUUAACUCCACAGAUGUCAAAGAAGUUAAAGCAGAACAUGCGCUCUUAGGUUUUUCUUUUAAUUUCAGGUCGAUUUAUUAUGAAUGAUGCAAAAACAAAAAAAGAAAAAAAAAUGGACCUGACUGGUUUGGGUCAUCUUAACCUCUGAUUGGUUCAUUUUUAUCAUCUCAUUUUUUUUUUUUUUUAAUGAUUGGCAACUUUGAGUUGCAGUUGGUCAAAGGUAUUUUAUAACUGAGUUGAGUUAUGUACAAAAAUAUCAAUGAAGGCGUGCUGUGCACCUUUUACAAAACGGUAGCUAUUUAUAUGUAAGCUUCUCUCCCAAUUAUUCACUCCUCUGAUUGCAAAUCAGUUGCUCAUUAAUUCUACAAAAAUAAAAACUAAAUCAUUAUGCAUUUUUCUAAAAACAAAAAAAAAGUACAUGUAUAGUUUUUAGAAAGACUGUAAUGUUGACUCUUCUUGAUUCUGUUGUAAAUAAACUUGUUUACUCUCUACUCCAGCUGUUAAGUUCUUGAAUUGAUACCAUUUGACAAAAAAACGAAACAUACAAAUACUGAGUUUGAUUAAAAAAAAAAAACACCCACAAACA